AUGAUGAUGAGGUUGUCCCCUUCCACACGUAGAAUAUCAGAAGCCUGACAAGUCGAUUACCGCCAGUGAUUUCUAGCGUUACCGUGCUGCGAACAGCCCUUCCAGUCUCAGAGGACAGACUCCCUUGCAGCCGGAACACUUGCUACAACUCAUAUACCAGCCAUGACUUUAGAAAAAAGCCAGAUCAUCACUCAUAUCCAGAAGUCACUACCUUUCACGGCCUACGAUGUCCGGUGGGUUCCCAGCUCGGCGCGCUUCGUAGUCCUGGGACAGCACCCACGAGGCACAGGAGCUUUGCAGGUGUAUGAGCUGAGUGGAGCUGAUAUCAAGCUCAUCAAAGAGACGGAGAAGCAAGACGCUUUUAAGUGCGGGACGUUCGGUGCAUCAUCUUUACAGUCCCGGCAUCUGGCGACGGGUGAUUUCGGUGGGCGACUGUCACUUUGGGACCUUGAAAAGACAGAUACGCCGUUAUACUCCGUCAAAGCCCAUGAGCAGAUCAUCAACUGUAUCGAUGGGGCUGGAGGCGUCGGCUCUCCACAAGGACCACCAGAGAUCGCUACUGGGAGCCGAGAUGGCUCGGUCAAGAUAUGGGACACGAGGCAAAAAGACAAGCCUGUCGCAAAGAUUGCUCCCGCAGAAGGCGAAGUCGUUCAUGAUACAUGGGCAGUAGCGUUCGGAAACUCGUACAACGAUCAAGAACGCGUCGUAUGCGCCGGCUACGAAAACGGCGACGUGAAAAUGUUUGACCUCCGACAAAUGUCCCUCCUCUGGGAAACCAACGUUAAAAACGGGGUCUGUUCAGUCGAGUUCGACCGCAAAGACAUCCAGAUGAACAAACUCGUUGUCACCACCCUUGAAUCCAAUUUCCGCGUGUACGAUGUACGCACGCAACAUCCUAAGAAUGGGUUUGCGCAUGUGAAUCAGAAGGCGCAUGAUGCGACUACCGUGUGGACUGCGCGGCAUCUGCCUCAGAACCGGGAUAUAUUUAUGACUUCCGGCGGAAAUGGAUCGCUCGAGCUCUUCAAAUACAACUACCCAGAUCAGCGAACCAAAAAAGACUCCAAAAACGUGCUUGAAGGUGUCGCAGGGACACUCGAGCUCAUCAACUCGGCUCACGCCGCCGAGCAGCCUAUCGCAGCGUUUGACUGGAGUCCGGAUAAGAAGGGGUUGUGUGUUUAUGCUGCGUUUGACCAAGCUGUGAGGGUGGGGAUUGUCACGAAGCUGGAUCAGUAUUGAUGAACUCCUGUUCACUUUGGGGAGGUCGAGAAAAGAUGCUUUGGAGAGACAGAGAUGGGGCUUUU